CCUCCAACACCAACAACCAUAUACCCGGUGUCAUCCAGCCUCGUGACCGCCGCUUUCGAUACGCGGCUGAGGCUGCGUCAAGCUUUGACGCGGCGUCUCACUAAUUUGCAGUUCCGCGCGUCGAGGCAGGCACGACCCACACCCACCGACCGGCGCCUGUAUAGUGCUUGACCUUCGCCAUGUCGGACCCACGGCUGCGAGCGCGUGCUCAGCAGCAGCAACAGCAGCAGCUCGCGCCAGCACCGGCACCCGCGCCUCCACCACCUCCGCCGCCGCCCAUGGAGCCCCCGGUCGCCGUCGAUGGCGCCCCUGCCGCUCCAGCACAGGAUCAGGCAGCUGUGGCUUCAGACUCAAACUUCAAGCUCAAGUUCUGCACUGUUUGUGCAAGUAACCAGAACCGCUCGAUGGAAGCACACCUCCAGCUUGCUUCUGCGAACCUCCCCACCAUCUCCUUUGGCACCGGCUCGCUAGUGCGGCUCCCCGGGCCCAGCAUCACACAGCCAAACGUGUACAAGUUCAACAGCACCACAUACUCUGCGAUCCACCAAGAGCUCAGCAACCAAAACACGCAGCUGUACACCGCUAAUGGCCUGCUCAACAUGCUCGAUCGAAAUCUCAACAUCAAGUCAUACCCCGAGCGUUUCCAAGACUGGAUCCCAGGCAAGCCGCGCCUCGAGCACAAAGACGACCAAGGCUUUGCAGGCACCGAGGCCGGCGUAGUCGACGUCGUCAUCACCUGCGAGGAGCGCUGCUUCGAUGCCGUGCUCGAGGAUCUGCACAACAAGGGCGGCCGGAUGAACCGCCCGGUGCACGUCUUCAAUGUCGACAUCAGGGAUAACCACGAGGAGGCGCUCGUCGGCGGACGAGGCAUUCGCGAGCUCGCACUGAUGCUGAAUGAAGCUGCGGUGCAGGAGAUGGAGACGCAUGGCGAUACUGGCUGGGACAGCGGCGGCGGGAGUGCGCGCGCUGGCUUCGACGAGCGCGUGCCUGAUAUCCUUGCUGCGUGGCAGGAGAAGUGGCCAAAUCUGCCGGCUAUAUGGAGUCUGGCUUGGUUUUAAGGAAGGCGUUUUGAGAUGAUGUUUUACGAGUUUACGGAUUUAUGAUACCCAGCAUCGGCACGGCGUCAAUGCAUGAUUUAAUCGAAUUUGUCGGGGCUCUUGCCUCGGUCCUACACUUACUACUCCCUCGUUGCUGUUCUAUGGUAUCAUGUCGUUGAUGGCUACUAUGGAUGUAUUGCCUGACAAAGCUCAC